GAAACAUAUAGCCAGUUGACCCACGCUGAAUCCCGCGUGGACGUCGCCAUUUGCUCUUUUCCUAUCACUUCAGCGCCGGCCCGACACACUGCGACACGCAGACCAAUCUAGACAACCAUGGCAGAAACCGAACCUCAAGUACAGUUUAAGCUCGUGUUGGUGGGUGAUGGUGGUACCGGAAAGACUACAUUUGUGAAGAGACAUUUGACGGGGGAGUUCGAAAAGAAAUAUGUCGCCACUCUUGGGGUGGAGGUUCAUCCUUUGGUCUUCCACACUAAUAGAGGAGCCAUAAAGUAUAAUGUCUGGGACACAGCUGGUCAGGAAAAGUUUGGAGGCCUCAGAGAUGGGUAUUACAUUCAAGCUCAGUGUGCGAUCAUCAUGUUCGAUGUGACAUCUCGAGUGACCUACAAGAACGUGCCCAACUGGCAUCGUGAUCUGGUGCGCGUCUGUGAAAACAUUCCCAUUGUGCUGUGCGGCAACAAAGUGGACAUCAAAGAUAGGAAAGUGAAGGCCAAGAGCAUUGUCUUUCACCGCAAGAAGAAUCUGCAGUACUACGACAUAUCUGCAAAGAGUAAUUACAACUUCGAGAAGCCCUUCCUCUGGCUGGCGCGGAAGUUGAUCGGCGACCCCAACCUGGAGUUUGUGGAGAUGCCUGCUCUGGCGCCACCCGAGAUCGCCAUGGACCCCUCACUCGCUGCACAGUACGAGCAUGACCUUAAAGUGGCAUCAGAAACAGCUCUGCCAGAUGAGGAUGACGAUCUUUAACAUGUGACUCUUGUACUCUCUCUUUUGCCAUUGGUGGCCAGAAGUCAUCAGGCUGUUCAGUGGCGACAGAGUUUGCCCCCCUCUCCUCCUCCUCCCCCUGGCCCUUUUACUGUAAAAUCCCGAUGCAGAUUAUUUUUAUUUUUCAACUUUUUUCGUUUUUGUUUUUGUGUUUCAAAAUGAAAAAAGUGAAUUUGUGUGGUUCUCGGAUUUCAGUGUAGACUCGCUAACAGUAAAAACACCAAUGCGCGGACUUUACACAUACAUAUGUACACAGACAUGCACCCACUCAAAUACACUAGUGUAAACGCUGGUAAAAGAUGAGAGCUUUUCAUGGUGUUAUACAGAACUUAAACUCUGUAAGACUCCCAGCACUUAGAAUUAAACUUUGAAUAAAAACAUUCUGAAUACA